CUGGCCGCUCCCGGCAGCCCGCGCGCCGCCCGGGGGCCUCGGAGCACGGCGGAACCAUGCCCAGGUCCCGGCGGGACCGAAAGGUCUCCCUGACGCGGACGCCCCGGAAGGGGCUGGAGGCCAAGCAGGCGCUGAUCACCGAGCUCCGCCGCUGUGUGGACACCUACAAGUACAUCUUCGUGUUCUCCGUGGCCAACAUGAGAAACAACAAGCUCAAGGAUGUCCGGAACGCCUGGAAGCACAGCAGGAUCUUCUUCGGCAAGAACAAGGUGAUGAUGGUGGCGCUGGGGCGGGCGCCGAGCAGUGAGUACAAGGAGAACCUGCACAAGGUCAGCAAACACCUGAGAGGGGAGGUUGGGCUCCUCUUCACCAACCGCACCAGGGAUGAGGUGGAUGAGUGGUUCUCCAAGUUCCGAGAGGUGGACUUUGCCCGCGCUGGGAACAAGGCACCGUACGGGGUGAACCUGGACACAGGGCCCUUGGAGCAGUUCCCACAUUCCAUGGAGCCGCAGCUCCGGCAGCUGGGAUUGCCCACGGUGCUGAAGAAAGGGGUGGUGACACUGCUCUCAGAUUACGAAGUCUGCAAGGAAGGGGAUGUUCUCACCCCGGAACAGGCCCGUGUCCUGAAACUCUUCGGUUAUGAGAUGGCAGAGUUUAAAGUCACCAUCAAAUUCGUGUGGAAUUCUGAGACAGGAGACUUCCAGAAGCUUGUUGGAGACACAGCAGAGGAAGAGGAAGAGGAGGAUAAUGAUGAUGACAGCAACGAGGACUAGCAGUGUGGACACCAGGCAGUUCUAUUCUAUUUUAGAGACAAAAAGAGGAGGAUGUUUCCCUCACCUGUCUGCAGCUGGACAAGGAUGAUCAGCUCAAAUGUGCUCUUUGUAAAAAACGAUCUAACUGUGGUUUUUUCAUAUAUAUAUAAAUCUGUAUACAAAACUUCA